CGUCGGUAUCGCAACUUGUUUCAAACAAACCGUCGCCGAGAGCAGAACGUGUCCGAAUAUCGUGCUCCCGCGUGUGAAGCUCUCGCUGCCUAAGCCCAUCGGUCAGCACCAUCCAGGAAAUUUAAAUUGGUAGGCAACUGGUACGGCUGUGUAACCUACCAUUCUCAUCCGUUGUGCAGUGUAACGCCCACGCAAGUAAGCAUUUGAUGCCACGUGAUUUUGUUCGCGCUAAAGUGGCGAUAAGUGGCGACAUCGUUUCCAAUCUGUCGAACGUACGGGCUGCCAUUCAUCUGGUGUGCGUUGAUUCAUCGUCUAAGCUAACCAGCUAACGUCCUACGCUUGUUGUCCACGCUGCCAGAUUCGUAACCGAUGGAGCCGCCUGGUGUGUUGAAGAUAAUGCGUGUAAAGUGUAACUCUUGCGUCUAGUGGAGUUGAUUUUUGUUGUUGGUGGUGUCUACCGGUCGCUCAAUUUCACUGUCUACUGUUUGGCAAAUUGUUCCAUUCAUCGUGCAAGUGAUAGAAUUUAUCACUCUGACUGACGAAGUAUCGUUCCCGGCGAACACUUUCGUCCUGGUAAAUUGAGUAGUGAUUGAGUGCUGGUGCUCUGUGUGAAGAUACGACCGCUUCCAAGCGAAGGUAUUGUGCGGUCCGUUGUUAGUGAAAAAGUUCUCUAACUUAUUACGGUUCAUGUUUUAUCAUCGGGCGAGUACGACUGUUACGAUCUCCACCGGUGGCUACCAUUAAUUACUUACUCUUCCAACGAGACAGCGUCAGCCGGUGGAAAUUGAGUGGAAAAUUAUGCUUCACUUCUGCCUGAAGCGUGUAAGCUUUUGCUGUUGACAAAACAUCUUUCGGGAGGAGCUCAUGCCGAUGGAAUACUGAAUGAUCUGCUAUAGUAUUUUUUUUAUUUUGUUUUGGCUUGUGUGUAUCUCCCAUCCCACGUUGCAGUGCCAUUCGUUUUCACGCCGAAUGAUAAAGUGCCGACCAGCCGGCACAGUGAUAAAUGUCAAGGCGAAAAAUUAUUACAAGUGAUAUGAAUAGGAAUACGAUUUGUACGACUCGUUCAAGAAGCAGGAAUGUUAACGUGCUGUGAUGAUACGAUAGUGUAUGUGUUUGUGUGUGUAGCGCUGUGUAACACUUUAAAUAUUAUUGUGCACUGGUUGUAGCGUGGCUGUGUUGUUAAUGUCAUGUGCUUUGGUAGAUAAAAUUAUUGUGAAAUUUAAAAGGAAAGAAACGCUUUCUAAAGCAGUAGCGGUGUUACAGGAAUUAAAAUUACUUGAAAACAACCACUCCUGAGAGCCAACGUCGUGGUUCGAGCGCAACGAAACGCCCAAGAACAAAGAUAAAGUUUGUUUGCUCAUCGGUUCGUGCAUGGGCGCCUCUAAGCACAACUCGCCCACACGCAACGUCCCAUUAUUGGCCCAGUGCCUGGCGGCACUCACGCAUCAAUCCCGUUGCUUCGCCCGCACAACCAUGGAUCAUCGGCCCUGAGCGCACCACUCGUUCCCGCUCGUUCCCGGCAUAUCCUCCCCCCGGUCCCACAGUGGAGUAGGCCCAACUGCCGGCUAACAUGAUGGAGUUAAGCCCGACGGUCGGCAGUAGUGGCAGCCUGCUCGCGGCCCUCAUCACCAACGGUACCAAUGGGCGUACCGGUUUACUGCACGAUAUCCUCGAUGGGCACCGUACGCUGCUGCACCAGCCGCACCAGCCGCAGCAGCAGCAGCACUACAACCAUCCCCACCAUCAGCAGUACCAGCCGCAGUAUCUGUACGCGAACGAGAGCCUGUCCGGAUCCGUGCCCGAAUCGGCAAGCUACGGUACGGACUCGAUCUGCAUCAUACUGCCGAUAACGAUCUUCUACUGCUUCAUCUUUGUGGCCGGCAUUGUCGGCAACCUGUCCAUCUGUGUCGUGAUAGCGAAGAACAAAUCGAUGCACACCGCCACCAACUACUAUCUGUUCAAUCUGGCCGUGUCGGAUUUUCUGCUCCUGCUGUUCGGUAUGCCGCAGGAACUGUACGGCACCUGGAACCCGUUCGCCUACCCGUUCAACCAGAUCGCCUGCAUCAUCAUGGGGCUGCUGUCGGAGACGGCGGCCAAUGCGACCGUGCUCACCAUCACCUCCUUCACCGUUGAGCGCUACAUUGCCAUCUGUCACCCGUUUCGGUCCCACACAAUGUCGAAGCUGUCGAGAGCGAUAAAGUUUGUGAUCGUCAUCUGGCUGGUAGCGUUCGGAUUGGCCACACCGCAGGCACUCCAGUUCGGUGUGGUGGAAACGAACACCACACGGCUCUGCACGAUUAAAAAUGAACACUUUUCCCACGCGUUCGAGGUGUCCAGCUUCCUGUUCUUCGUCGGCCCGAUGACACUGAUCGCCGUGCUGUACGUGCUGAUCGGGAUUAAGCUUCGCAAAAGCAAACUGCUCCAGGGCGUCAAGCGUGCAUCCUCGGACUACACCACACCGCCCCGGGGUAUUAGUGCCCAGUCCAGGGUCAUCCGUAUGCUGGUGGCCGUUGUGGCAACGUUUUUCAUCUGCUGGGCACCGUUCCACGCGCAGCGUCUGAUGGCCGUGUACGGUGUGUUUUCCAAGACGGAGAACGUGUUCUUCUACAAGGUGUACAUGGUGCUGAACUACACAUCCGGCAUACUGUACUUCCUGUCCACCUGCAUCAAUCCGCUGCUGUACAACAUCAUGAGCCACAAGUUCCGGGACGCGUCCAGGCACACCCUCAAGAUGAGCUGCUGCGGUGGCAAGCGCUCCAAAUCGGACGGUCAGCACCACACGUACAGUGCCGUCUCGCGGUACGGCGUUACCGGUUGCGGCUCGUUCAAGGUAAACUCGAACAAUAUGGCCUGCAUCGGCGCCGGCAUCGGGCUCGGUACGGGCGGUGGAAACGCUGCCAGCAAACAGCAGCACCAGCAGCCGGGCAAUGGGACGGCGGCAACGCCCAACCAGUGUCAGCAGGAGUCGAACAUGUCGCUGCUGGCGAACGAAAGCUGCAACCGCGGCACGAUGCCCCCGAUCGCGAUACGGCCCACGUUUACGCGGGCCGAUUCGCACUGCAUCUCGAUCAGCAGCAGCCAGUCGACGACCGGCACCAAUGUGAGCAGCAACGGCAAGCUAAGCCGCAGCUCGAACGGUUCCCUCCGGCACGGUGGCAGUGCGCUCGAGCAGCCGACCGACCAUGCUGGCGGUGGUGGUGGUGGUGGCCGCCUGUCCACGAUAGCGGAGAAGCUGCGGCGCGGCACCAAGAAGGUGCUCGCCUUCAGCAAAUCCCCCACCGGUACGCCGAGCAGAUCGAUCGUCAGCGGCGCGUGUGCGGAGGGAACGAAUGGGCGGCGGAAGGCCUACCGGAAGCGGAACAGCUGCGACAGCGUCGACACCAACACGAUCAGCAACUCGAGCCUGAAGGAGUUCGAUGAGGAGGAGUUUAGCAGCGCCGAGCUGGCCCGCUUUAUGGGCGAAGUCAACAGUGAGAUACGCUAGACGGGCCAUCCCCCCCGGGACGCUGAGUGCCACAUCAGUGGAAGCGACGGACUCGACGGAGCGCACUGAAACGGUGAUGUCAGGCACAACAAGCUCAAAGGAAGUACAAACAGUACGGAAAACAGGACGGAAGAACGAAAGCAAACGCAUACGAUGGAGCUCGAUUCCAAAUAAUACACAGUGGUACCUGCGAUUUAAUCUCUUAGAGCCCAAAUCGAGGCGGCAGAACAUACAACAUUAUACGGGGAUUGGUGUUGAGGGGUGGAUGAGUGUACCGCUGGAUACUGCAGUUACUGCGGUGCCGUCGCCUCCUUCAGCCAGGCCGCCACAUUCGCCUCGUUGCGCUCCAGCCAGCUGAUGUUGUUCUGGAUGUUUUCCAGCGCCUGGCGCCGGGCGGUCGCACCGGCACCCGACUCCGGAUAGCGGGCGAAGAAAUCUUCCAGCUCGGUCAGGCGGGCCUGGGUCGUGAACCGGCCCGUCACCGAGGGUAUCAUGCGCCCCAGGUUGCGCUCACCGAUGCCGAAGCGGGCCACCAGCCGGGGCCAGUUUUCGCGCACGUGCUCCCAGGCCGCCUGCUCGCCGGCCCGAUUCGCCGCGAUGUACUGAAUGCAGCUGAGCUGGUCCUGCGUGCGCACGAGCGCCGUAUCCCAGGACAGGUCGAGGAACCGGCGCAUGGUGCGCUGGUCCGGAUAGGAGGCGAGCGCCACCAUCAGCUUCGUCUUUUCGUUCGCAUCGUUCUCCUGGCGGAAGCGUUCCAGCACCUUGUCCCAGUCGGCCACGGUAACGCCGGACUGUAUGCCGUAGGUGUACACUACCGACCGCAGGUCGGGAUGGAUGACGGCACCGUCGUUGAGCCAGCCGCGGAACUGUUUGCUCGCUUCCUCCAGGCACGCCGGAUGGCCGAAGGAACACGCGAGAUCCAGUAUGGUGGUACGCAGCAAGCUGUAGGCGAAGAAGACAUGAAGAAUAGUGCGUUAAACAACCGUUCCUAAUAUGUGAUUGAUGUAAGAACCGGCACACAAAAAAAAGAAAACGCUCACUUUGUCAUGUGUCCGCCCUCCGCGGGUACAUCCCAGCCAACCGAUUUUACCGCAGCAUCGACCAACGUUUGCGUGUACGUCUGAAAUGGAGAAAUAAGCCGGCAGAAAUACAAAGUUUAACACCACUUACAGCCACACACAACCCCCGCUAAACCUACCGUAAUGUCAUCGUACGACUGGUAGUUGUACAGCAGGUUGCGAAUGUUCUUCAGCUUGCUCGCGAUCGCCGACCACGGCACGUACUCAGUCUCUCCGCUCAGGUAGCGCGUCAGCUCGAGCGCAUGGUUGUACGCCAGCAGUGAGGCGUCCGCAAGCGCAAACGCAUCAUUCAGCAGCCCGGUACGGUCGCCGAUCGUGAACGUGUUCACCUCCUUGCGCAGCGCCUCGCCGAACUGUUGCCACAUCGCGAUCGGAUAGUUGACGCGAUAGUACCCAAUCUGGCGAUAGUUCAGCUUGAUCCAGCUGCUGCCCGCCGGCUUAUCGAUCACCAGCUCCGGCCGGCUGGCGUCGUUCGGGAACCAGAUGCGGCGCGGUGCCGCCGUCGCCGGAUCGUCCGUACUGGCCAGGUACGUGAUCGGUAUGUACCAACGGUACCCGUACGGCGACUCUUCCGUUUCGUUCGCAUCCUGAUCAGCGAGGAAGCGCUGCUGGCGCAGCACGUACUGCAGCGCGUUCUCGGCGACCGUCACGACCGGCAAACCCUUCUGCCUGGUGAACGUGUCCAUUACGCCGGUAACGCUCACGUCCGGCACCAGCUCGUCCAGCUCGCGCAUCAAAUCCUCCGACACGCUGUUCGCGUACGCCAGCUUCUCCAGGUAGCGCUUGACGCCCUGCUGGAAAACGGGCGGCGUCACAAAGUCCUCCAGCAUGCGGAUGACCGACGCACCCUUCGAGUACGUGAUCGUGUCGAAGAUUUCCGUAAUUUGGUUCGGGUUUUCCACCGACAUCACGAUCGGAUGGGAGCCGAGCGUCGCGUCCAGGUUCAGCACACCGUGCAGAUCGUCGAUGAUGAACUGCUCCUCGAUGCCCCAGUCCGGGUGAGCGGCGUCCAUGCCCUUGUACUCGAUGUAGCUCGCGAACCCUUCGUUCAGCCACAGCUCGUUCCACCACUUCAUCGUGACGAGAUUGCCGAACCACAUGUGGGCCAGCUCGUGGGCGAUGACGCCCGCCACCCGCUGCUUGUUCGCGGUGCUGCUCGUCACGCUGUUGUACAGGAUGGACGUUUCGCGGUACGUCACCAGGCCCCACGUUUCCAUCGCACCGGACACAAAGUCCGGUAUGGCGGCCAUAUCGAGCUUGGGCAGCGGGUACGCAAUGCCAAAGUACUUCACAUAGUACUGGAUGAUGGUGCGCGCAGUGGCGAGUGCGUACGCGGUGUUCUCCUGCUGGAACGGUGUGGCGUACACGCGCAGCGGAAACGACGAACCAUGCUCGGGCACUAUCAGUACCUCCUGGUGCAGGAAAUCGCUCACGAUAAACACCACGAGGUAGGUGCUCAUGCUGACGCUUCGCUCGAACGUGGUCGUGCUCAGGCCGGCGGACGGUUUGUCCGCCACCGUCUCCUUGACGUUCAUGUUCGACAGUGCGGCGUACCCAUCGCCGGACGGAUGCACCAUGUGGAUCGUGUACUCGGCCUUCAGGUGCGGCUCGUCGAAGCACGGGAAGGCUUGGCGGGCGAACGUGGGCUCAAACUUGGAAGUCGCAAUCGUCCUGUAAAUACACGGAAGCAUACGCAAACGCGGCAACAAUUAAAUGAGUGUGGUAAAUUUCAAAAACCCUUGUUAAGCGUAGUGUGUGUAUCGUUGGCCGUUGGCUAAAAGUAAAUAAAGGAAAAUAGUUUAUUUUUUACAAGAAAAAAAAAUGGCAA